AUGGGUAUACUAAUGGGAAUAACAUACACAAUGCCAGCAAGAAUGACACGUCAGCUGACAAGAAAACUUCCAAACAGAAGGAAGUUGAGCUCAGCCUGGAAAGAAGAUAAAGAUCCGUGGAAAGUCACCAGUGUGAACGUGAGCUACACCCCCUGGGAUGAACUGACUAAGAAGCAAAAAAUACUGCGCACAAUCAGCUACACUGUCAAGAUUAUAUUAGUUUUCGGCUGCCUGUACAUGUUCAUAUGUUCCCUGGACUUCCUGAGUUCUGCCUUCAGACUUCUCGGUGGCGAGGCAGCAGGGAAAGUCUUCCAACAGAGUGAUAUCCUGACCAACCCAGUCGCUGGUUUGAUGAUAGGAGUUCUGGUGACUGUGCUUGUCCAGAGUUCCUCCACGUCUACCAGUAUUGUUGUCAGCAUGGUCGGAGCUGGCAUUCUUGACAUCAAAUCAGCCAUACCCAUUUUAAUGGGUGCCAACAUCGGGACGUCUGUUACCAACACUAUUGUGGCACUAGGUCAGAUGAGCGACAAGGGAGAGUUCAGGCGAGCAUUUGCUGGGGCAACAGUACAUGAUAUGUUCAACUGGUUAACUGUGAUAGUCUUGCUGCCUCUUGAAGUGAUCACCGGUUACCUAUUUCACUUGACAGAAGCUAUUGUCAAUUCUUUGCCCCUGAAACAAGACAAAGGAGCUAAUAAAGAAAUGCUGAAAGUUAUAACGACACCAUUUACUGAUAAGAUUAUACGG